AAUAUCGCCGAAAAUGGCGACUGCCUGUUGUUUGGAUUCAAGUCUUCCAUUGCCGCGAUAGCUUUGUGAAAAAUUGUGGUAGUCCAGAAUGUCAUCCGUGCUGAAGAACGCAGCGGCUGCGGCCGUGAGCCGUGGUCAGCCCAGCUCCUAUUACACCAAGGACAACCGACCGAACCCAGUGCUGCAGGCCUUGGACCAGGAGCUCAAGCUGUUUGUGGGCUACAUGAAGAAACGGUCAGCGCCGGGGUACUCCAAGCCAGAGGAUGAGUCUUACUCCAGGCCGGCAGACACGCUGUUUGAGCUGUGGAACAAGUACGAGCCCAGGCUUCCUCCACUGUACUACCAGGAGAAACUGCUGGAGAUUGGAGACUUUCUCGUCUCCAUCAAGGAGUACAGCCUUGGCCUGUGGCAGUGUUACGAGCGCUACCUCCAGACGUUUGGGGAGGUGAACGUGGAAGAAAUCUCCGACGUGGACACGUUCAGAACCACCUUCUUCCCCGACGGCUUCCAGGCAGAGAAUGCCGGGCUCACAUUCCGGGCGCUGAUGGGCAAGAGCAUCUCCAUGUACCAGGUGGUCAAACUGAGCGACCCAAAGCUACAGAACAAGCAGUCCAUUGAGAGAUGUGUGCAGAUACUGGCCUUUCUCAGGCUGGUCACUCAGGUGGUGCUGCCCAAGGAGUCACUCUGUUGGCUCGUCUAUAAUGGCACGGUUCACAUCUACAGUAUCUCCAGACAUCUCAUGUCUCUCGGACACUCCUCUAGGGUGCUGGAGUACUUGCUCUGGGCAUCCAUGUGUAUGGAGACUUCGGUCCCUCUGCUGGCCGUCAAGUACCUAGAGUGGCGCAGCACACUCUACACCGCCGUCUGCCAGUGUUACUUCGACUGUAAGGCCAGCGAACAGGCAGAGAAAUUUGCCCGUCGCGGCCUGGCCAAGAUCAGCGAGCUCAGCCAGCUGGAGAUGAUGAGUAGCCACAAAGACUGCCCAGCCAAUGAGAUUGCUUUCAGAACGGCCACCAUCAAGAUGGCGGUGAUGGUGUUCAAACGGUCUGUGUUCGAGACCAGGAGAAAGCCUAAGGGCAUCCUGAGGCCUAAGACAAGAGCCAACCUGAGGGAUGCCCUUAACCUUCCCUGGCCUCGCACCCCCACAGAGAAGAUGUUGGCGGACAUGUUUGACGGCAGCUCCGGUCAGUUCCUGGCCAUCCUGGAGUCGCUAAGCAACAGCAACCGCCGCAUCCUGCAGACGUCCCCGCCUGCCCCCGACAGCGAGCCAGAGAUCCUGGACGUGUUCCUGGAGCUGAUGCUGGCGGCUCAGGAGAUCCUGGCUGGUGGGGCGGGGAAUCGAACCCAGGGCCCCAAGGCUGCCAUGGCUAUGGGCUCACCCACCCUGACCACCGUUGUGAAGAAAGGCUCGCUCAUGACCAUGGCUACCAAAGGUGAGGAGACGGUGCCCCUGGAGUCUGUGAUCCGACUGGUCAAGCUGGCCUACAACUACGAGCACUGGGACAUGGUGGUUACACUUCUGGAGCCUGUCUUGUUGCAGAUAAAGGAGAGCGGGGAUGAAAAGUUCCGCUGGGACGAGAAGGCGCUGGAACUUCUGCAAGCUGUGGGCAAGAUGAACAGCACCCGCAGGAACAGGAAGCAGGCUGCGGCGGUGGAGGAGGAGGAGGUGGAGAAAGCCACUCAGGCAACGCCCGCUGCCAGUAUAAAGGGGAGUAAGAAAGGAGGAAAAGAUAAAACAGCCGACGCCCAGACUGUCUCGGAAGAGGAACCAGAACCAAUCAGUGUGUCUGUCAAGUCCAAUGUGAGCGGGGAUGAGCUGAUCCACCUGGCCGAUGUGGUCAUGAGUAUUGUCACUGGACCUUACCAGCGUGAGAGAGUGGAGGUGGACAUGGUGAUCGAUGCCACCAUGCUGCUGUGGAACAAGUGUAAGCUGGUGUUCCAGAAGUACCAGACGGGCUCUGUGGACAACCCCAGGUUCUUACAGCGCAUGGAGAACCCCAACAAGUGGAUGUACCUACUAGACACAGUCCACCAGGCUCUGGGAUGGUGCGGUCUGAGCUCCGUGGACCCAGGACUGACGGCCGAGGUGGUACUCCGUCUAGCCAUGGUGUAUGAGAGCAGUGCGCAGCUAGACUCACUGGAUGGCCGAGGCGCUGAUGCCUACGCCAGUUUUGAUUUUAUCACACCGAGGAGCGCUCCCCAGACUCCACAUUCUGCGAUGAAAGAGUCCAAGACGACCUUGACCGACGCUGGGACUCCGGCAGACAGCAACGUGAACCAGAGCCGUGCCAGUCAGUUGUCUCUUGGGGACCGGUCUUCUGCAAGGUCGUCUUUGUUACAGGCGCGAGAGAUUCUGGACUUGGGCCUGAAGAACGUGAGCUUUGCCAGGAAGGCCGUGGCUUUGAAUGACGGGAAAAACAUCGCCGAUGUCACUUGGGUCAAGGAUUUCCACCCCGAGGUUUUCCCGUCCGACCUGUCCAAAGACGUGCUGGAGCCCAGUGGGGGUGUGGGCGGGGGUGGAGGGGGCGUGGCCGGGGAGGACAGCCAGGUGAACCCCGAGUCCCUGAUCCCAGAGAGCAUGCGGGGCUCAGCCACGGCGGUGUGGAACACAGUGAAAGACCUACACCUGGAGCUGAUACUGAUGUACCACCGCGUCUGUCUCAAGCUGGCCGCGCUCGGACCUGAACUGUCAACAAAACGUGGCAAGUCGAGCAGACGACAGAACAAGAUGGAGAAAUUUGUGGAUGAGACAGACAGUGAGAACUACAUCGAGGACUUCUCGGAGCUGUGCCAGCGCUGUAACAAGAACUACCUGUCGCAGGCCUUGCUGUACACGCAGCGUGCCGUCAUGUUGGGCACCGACCGCACGCCCUCGCAGGAGCAGCAGAAGUUGUUGGAGAUGGCAUACCAAGUAGGCUGCUACAGCAUCGCCCGUCAAGCCUGCUCCGUCCUGUGGGAUCAUUUUGUGGUGACCCCACAACCCCCAGCCAGUGCUACCUACAUCAGUGAGGCCAAGAAAGACUUCAAGUUAACCCUGCUGAGAUUGAACCAGCGGGCUGUCUGCCUCUCCUCCCCCGUCCUGCUGCGCCAGUUCCUCACCAGCAUCUUCAUCAACAUCGACAUCGCUGUGCGGGAGGGCCACUUGUUCUGCGACACGGUGUGCGACAAGGGCGCCCUCUACCAUGGCCAGACGCAGCGACUACACCAGUGUGAGCGCACCCUGGUGGCCGUCGAGCUGGCCGGCUGGCUCAACGAGGCCAAUCUGGCGCUACAGGCCGUGGUGCAGAUCUACGGGCUCCUGGCGCCUCUGCUCUACUACAACAUUCCAUCGCUGCCAGUCAUUCAGAUCCUGCAGCGUUGUCAUGCCGUUCUGCUGGAGAUUCCUGUGGGUUUGAUCCAGAAACGUCAGGGAUUCAUAGCGGACAGCCUCAACCACAUGGUGGCCUGCAUCACCUACCAGAUGGCCAAGACCCUGCGGACGUGGGGUCAGAAGACCCUGGCUAACACGGUCAUCGAGGCCGGCCGGCGUCUGCUCACCUCAGAGACGGAUGCCAAACCCUCGGAGGACAAAGCUGACGGAGCCGAGACAGAGGCUGCUAGCACUGCUGCUGGUUCUGCCUUGCCCAGCAAGGGAGGGAAGAAGAAGGGGCUGAUACCUCUGGUGAAGAAAGUCUCGAGCAAGGACGACAUGGAGGGGCCGGUGAAUGAGGAGUUGAAGGCUUUAGAGGCUCACAUGUUGAGUGUCACCAAGGCUGUACAUCUCCUACCUACCUAGCUUUGUGGCAUUCAAGGAGGUGGUGAAGUUCAAGCGUCGCCAGCGCUACCUGGAGUUCCUGGUCCACGUGGCUCAGAAAGGCCUGACUGAGGGACUGGCCGACCAGGUGGUGCAGUGGUGUGAGGACGGUGUGCAGUGGCUGGGGAAACGUAACGAGAGUCUGAUCGGGUCCCAGGUGUACCUGAACAAACAGCCAGGGGCAGUAACUGUCAGCGGGGACGACCCCAAGAAAUUUGCCGCGGCCAUGGUGGAGUACAGCAAGGAGAAGCUGAACAUCAUCUACGGCCUGAGUCACUUCAGCACGUUCCUGCAGAAGUUGGAGAAGAGGGAGAAGAUGUUGGGCUCUACAGGGACGUCUGUCAAUAGGACCAACUUCCUGGACCAGGAGUGGUUCACCCUGGAGACAGCCGGAGUCAUGAUUGUGGGCUGGGAGGGUGGACCCAUGAGGAACCAGGCGGGCACGCUACACACUCCGUACGCCUUCCACUCCGAGUUUGAGUCCACCAAGGCCGUGUCUGACCGGCCACGCACCACGGCUAUCGAGAUUGCUGCGGCUGCAGCUACAGGAGCCCCCCCACCCCCCCUGUACGCCCCAGCGCCCGAGGUAGAAGACACCCCGCGCACGUACCGCUCAGACAAGAGCAAGACUUCAACUCAGCCCAGCUCCAAGCUACAGGAAGAUUCCUCUCCCCUGACCACGGCCGCCACCGUCGAGGCGCUGGAGAAGACCUUCACCUACUUCAAGAGGGCAGUGAUCCUAGCCCACAGAGGGCAGCACUGGACCCUGCUGCAGAAUGCGGGCCGUGGGUUGUGGAACUGUGCGCACACGGCACUGCUGCGGGCCUUCACCGCUGACCAGACAGGAAGUGACCCCGGCCUGCUCACCAUGGACAUGCUGCGGACGCUGGUGUGGCAUCCGCCAAGAGCCGUGGCAAGACGCUGGGCGGCUACUUUGAGUCAUGGGUGGGCGGAGUCCAGUCGGAGAAGGGCGGGGCCAGCCUCAAGUUUGAGACCUCAUUGGACGACACGAACCAGGUGGACAUGCGGUGGCUGCGUCGCUUUGUGCUGCGAACCAUGGAGAUGCUCUACUUUGAGCAGAAGUGGGAGAAGCUGGUGGAUAUCGCGCUACGCUUCAGCGCUCUCACCAACCACCGGUACGCCGAGCAGGUUCUCCCCCUGAUGGUCCAGGCCCAGCGUUUCCUGGAGCGUCGUGUGGAGAGAGGAAGACGCAUUCCGUCUGUCUGCCGUGCCACUGGACGUGUUUGAGAGUCUGAAGGCCUUGAGGGAGACUCUGGACCAGUCCCAGUACACAGCCAGGGCCCUGCACCACAGCCGCAAACUGUUGUGUCUGUAUCUGGCUGGUCAGCAGAAUGUGUCUGAGAGCAUGGGUAUGCGUGAGAUGACCCACGUAGACUUCCAGGAGUCCACCAGUCAGCCACAGCCCACCAUGCCCCCCAACAAGAUGAGCAGCGAGUUCUGUAGUGUGGACGAGGUACAGGUGUCCCCCAUACCCAAGUCUCAGCUAGCCACCGUGCUCAGCUCUUAUGAGAAGACCAUUGAGUGAGGACGCCAGUGCAGCACCCCCGGCCCGCUUCUCUGACGGGACUCGAACCCUCACCCUGGAGGACAUCAAAGGCACACUGCUGAGUGUGGCCGACCAGAUGGUGACCACCAUGGCUGAUGUCAUCUUGGAGAACGCUUCUCAUGAGAAACAAGGAGUAGAAGGUAUGUCAGCGGCAGAGCUAGAGCUGGUGGUAUGGUGCCACCUGGAACAAUCUCGGAUCGCCCAACAGAAGCACCACGCCCCACUGGCGGCCCGCACGGUGCUCACUGCCCUCAAGAUGAUCCAGAGUGCCCAGGUCUUCAAACAGCCCAAGCCUCAGCCGCCCGCACCCAG